GCCUGGUCGAAUAACUGGGAAGGAUUUGGGUUUAUGGUGUGGACAAGUGGAGCCCAGGUCUUGGGGCUAAGGUGUGAGAGGGUCUGGACACCCAUAGCUAGGUCAAAGCAUUGGGCGGGGCUUGACAGUGACUGACAGGGUGGAAGAGCUGUGUGUGGGGCGUGACCUGUACUGUGUACUAAUAAUUGGCAGAGAGGUGUGGGCUGGGCUAGGAGCAAGGAGGCCUGUGCCCAACAUGGGAGAGGACGGAAUCCUGGCCCGGGGGGGCGGAGUUUGGCCCGGACGUAGCUAAUCCCAGACCUGGGGCAGGGUCUGGUUCGGAGCAGGAUGCGGGCUCCUGGUGCGGGCUCGGCCUCCGUGGCUUCGCUGGUACUGCUGUGGCUGCUGGGGCUGUCGUGGACCUGGAGCGGAGUGGCGGCCCUCUGCGUGUACGUGGGCGGCGGCGGCUGGCGUUUCCUGCGCAUCGUCUACAAGACCGCGAGGCGGGAUCUGUUUGGCCUCUCUGUGCUGAUCCGAGUGCGCCUGGAGCUGUGGCGGCACCAGCGAGCCCGCCACACUAUCCCAGGGAUUUUCCAGGCAGUGGCACGGCAGCAGCCUGACCGGCUGGCCCUGGUGGAUGCAGGCAGCGGCGUGCACUGGACCUUCGCGCAGCUGGACGCCUACUCUAAUGCUGUAGCCAAUGUCUUCCACCACCUGGGCCUUGUGCCAGGUGAUGUGGUAGCUAUCUUUAUGGAGGGCCGGCCAGAGUUUGUGGGGCUUUGGCUGGGCCUGGCCAAAGUGGGCGUGGAGGCUGCUCUGCUAAAUGUCAACCUGCGGCGUGAGCCCCUUGUCUUCUGCCUGGGCACUUCGGGUGCCAAGGCCCUCAUCUUCGGAGGGGAAUUGGCAACGGUGGUGGCUGAGGUGAGUGGACAGCUGGGGAAGAGUCUGCUCAAGUUCUGCUCUGGAGACUUGGGUCCUGAGGGCCUAUGGCCAGACAUCCAGCUCCUAGACCCGCUGCUGAAGGAGGCAUCCACGGCCCCCCUGGCCCAGUCCCCUAGCAAGGGCAUGGAUGAUCGACUCUUCUACAUCUACACCUCAGGGACCACGGGGCUACCCAAGGCUGCCAUUGUCGUGCACAGUAGGUACUACCGCAUCGCAGCCUUUGGCCACUAUGCCUACAGCAUGCGGGCAUCAGACGUGCUCUAUGACUGCCUGCCCCUGUAUCACUCUGCAGGGAACAUCAUGGGUGUGGGACAGUGUCUCAUCUACGGGAUGACCGUUGUCCUCCGCAAGAAGUUCUCAGCUAGCCGCUUCUGGGAUGACUGCGUCCAGUACAACUGCACGGUGGUCCAGUACAUUGGGGAGAUCUGCCGCUACCUGUUGAAGCAGCCAGUGCGCGAGGCAGAGGGGCAGCACCGGGUGCGCCUGGCUGUGGGCAAUGGGCUGCGGCCUGCCAUCUGGGAGGAGUUCACCCAGCGCUUCCGUGUGCGCCAGAUCGGUGAGUUCUAUGGAGCCACCGAGUGCAACUGCAGCAUCGCCAACAUGGAUGGGAAGGUGGGCUCCUGUGGCUUCAACAGCCGCAUCCUGCCCCAUGUGUACCCCAUCCGGCUGGUGAAGGUCAAUGAGGACACCAUGGAACUACUGCGGGAUGCCCAGGGUCUCUGUAUCCCAUGCCAGGCUGGGGAGCCCGGCCUCCUUGUGGGCCAGAUCAAUCAGCGGGACCCGUUGCGUCGCUUCGAUGGCUACAUCAGUGAGAGUGCCACCAGCAAGAAGAUUGCCCAUAGUGUCUUCUGCAAGGGUGACAGUGCCUACCUCUCAGGUGAUGUGCUGGUGAUGGAUGAACUGGGCUACAUGUACUUCCGAGACCGCAGUGGGGACACCUUCCGCUGGCGUGGGGAGAACGUCUCCACCACCGAGGUGGAGGGUGUGCUGAGCCGCCUGCUGGGCCAGACAGAUGUGGCCGUGUAUGGGGUAGCUGUGCCAGGAGUAGAAGGCAAAGCAGGCAUGGCGGCCAUCGCAGACCCCAAUGGCCAGCUGAGCCCCAAUGCACUAUACCAGGAGCUACAGAAGGUGCUAGCACCCUAUGCCCGGCCCAUCUUCCUGCGCCUCCUGCCCCAGGUGGACACCACAGGCACCUUCAAGAUCCAGAAGACACGGCUGCAGCACGAAGGCUUUGACCCAUGCCAGACCUCGGACCGGCUCUUCUUCCUGGACCUGAAGCAGGGACACUACCUGCCCCUGGACCAGGGUGUCUACAGCCAAAUCUGCUCGGGCUCCUUCUCCCUUUGAAGCUCCUCUGCUGGCCAGAGACUCCUGGCCAGUCCUCUCAAGCGAGGUGGGCUAGAGCCAGACAGCUCUGCCC